CUGCUGGAAUAUGGCGUCCGCAACAUCAUCGACCUUCGCCGCAGCAGCGACCUGCAGUUCAGGCCUAGCCCCUUCAUCGGCAACGAGUCCGUCACCUACUACCACCAGAACAUGUCCGGCGACGUGGGACUCGCCCAUAGGGAGGUGCUCGAUGGAAUCGAGGACCAAGCCGAACGGCGGGGUAGGUCGUACUGUUCAAUACUCGACCAGCGAAAGCACAUCCUCCACCAGAUCUUCUCGAUCCUCGCCAUGCCCGACGGCCUCCCAGCCCUCGUCCACUGCAACGCCGGCAAGGACAGGGCCGGUAUCACCGCCGCCUUCGUGCUGGACAUCUGCGGCGUUCCCGCGAGACCAUCAUCGAGGACUACGGUCUCACCGCCCGCUAUCUCGUUCGCCGUUACUACGCGCAGAAUCCCGACGUGA